CAUAGGUCACAUCACAUCCUUCAGCAAUGUUCAUCUACUUUUUACUGGUCCUUCUACUGGCAUUGUAUUGCUGGAUACAAAGCUGUUAUAGCUAUUGGAGCCGUCGGAAUGUCCCACACGCCCCUCCAACUUUUCCAUUCGGAAAUUUGCGAGAACUCCAGCAAAAGCCAAUGUUCUUGUCGCUAACGGAAUUUUACAACCGCCACAAAGCUCCGGGUGUAAAGUUUAUCGGCCUUUACUCGUUCCUCAAACCAGUAGUUCUCAUCGCCGAUUUGGACAUGAUGAAGGAUGUGUUACUGAAGGAUUUCGAAUAUUUCCAUGACCGCGGAAUCUACAACAACGAUAAAGCUAAUCCAAUUGGAGCACAUUUGAUCACCCUCGAAGGUACUCGGUGGAAAAAUGUUCGCAGCAAACUAACGCCAGCGUUUACUUCUGGAAAAAUAAGACUGAUGUAUCCAACGAUGAAGGACGUUGCCAAGCGACUGUGGAAGCAGGUACAGUUUGAACUGGAUCAUGGGGAUGAAAUCGAGAUGAAGGACAUAUUUGCCAGAUUUACUACAGACGUGAUUGGUAGUUGUGCGUUUGGACUAAAUUGCGACAGCUUGGAAAAUCCCAAAGCCAUUUUUAGAGAAAUGGGACGGGUGGCAACGGAACAGUCUGCGAAAACUAAAUUUUUACGUGAUUUCUGCAACACGUUCCCGAGGCUGGGGAUAGCUUUAGGGAUUAAGGUCAUUGAUGACGAAGUAGAGAAAUUUUUCUUCGAUACAGUUAGAGAAACCAUCAAUCACCGAAAGGCCAACAAUGUGAGACGAGGAGAUUUCUUGGAUAUUUUGAUCAGAAUGCAGAAGGAUGAAACUUCUUCUGGAGAGGCUAAUGAUUUGGGGGGAUGGCAAUUUCAUGAAAUUGUUGCCCAAUGCUUUGUAUUUUUCUUAGCUGCAUUCGAAACAUCCUCCACAGCCAUGUCAUUUUGUAUGUACGAGCUUGCUCGUAAUCCAGAAUUGCAAGAGAAAGCUCGGCUCGAGAUUGAACAAGUCUUGGCCAAGCAUGGUUCAUCAUUCACCUACGAAGCUAUUCAUGAAAUGAAAUAUCUUGAAAACUGUAUCAAUGAAAGUAUGCGCCUCUAUCCUCCGGCAUCAAUUUCGACAAGGGUAGUUACCAAGGAUUACCACGUGCCAGAAAUGAACGUGACCAUCGAAAAAGGAACUCGAGUGAUGCUGCCAUUUCACGCCUUCCACAACGAUCCAGCUAAUUAUCCGGAACCGGAAAGAUUCGACCCGGACAGGUUUACCCCAGAAACGAUGGCUUCCUGGCAUCCGCUGCAGUUUAUGCCGUUCGGAUAUGGCGCCCGCAACUGCAUCGGCAUGCGCUUCGGAAUGAUGCAGAUUCGAUUGGGGAUGGCGUACCUGCUGAAAAACUUCCGCUUCAUGUUGUCCCCGAAAACUUCAGUUCCGCCACAAUUUAAUCCUGUGAAUAUCCUGACCGGAUUCCAAGGAGGAUUGUGGAUAAACGUUGAGAGUGUUGAGCACGUUGAAAGUGCUCAGAAAAUGAGAACUUUUUCAGAGUAG